CUUGCAAUUGGAAAACGAAAACAAAAACAUUGUUUUCCUGUAAAGAAAUUUCCAACGCAGAUUGGAUUCAAUCAGCUGAAAAUGUGGAAAUUUUGUGAGUAAAGCUUAAAUAAACCCAGUUUGAACACGUUCUGAAGAAAAAGGAAAUCAAUAAAACAGUCGCCGGAAGAUGGGUUUCGUGCAGCGAGCACUUUUCACUUGGUUCAUCCUGCUGGUGUUCCUGAUUCUGCUCUGUCUGCGGCUGGAAAGUCGCAUCAACUGGAACUGGUUCAUCGUUUUCAUUCCCCUAUGGCUGUACGACACCAUCCUGAUAACGUGGGUGGUGAUCGAAAUCAUUCAGCGGCAGCACGCUAACCGGAUCAUCUCGUUCCGCCAUUAUGAGUACUAUGUAGCCGGAAUACUACUCAAAAUCCUGUCGCAGAUUGCCAUCUGCUUGAAGCUGGAGUACAACUCGAUCCCGCUGUACGCCAUGAUGGUACCGAUCUGGGGGCUGCUAAUAAUGCUAAUCUUCUACAUGGCCACCAAUCUGCAACCGAAGCCAAGGUCGAUCAGCUCGAACAAGAGCAAUCGUCAAGCUGCGGCAGCUGCCAGUUCGUCGGCCGCCUCGUCCUAGGGAUACGUUCGGGUGAAGCUGUGAGUUUCACCCUACCCACUGGAGACGGUUUGAGACGCGACACCUCCGGCUUAAUGUGGAAGAAGGAACCACACGGAUCGAUUCUCUUCGUUAAUGUAAGAUACAAAUAUUUAGCUUCUAUUCACAAGACUUAAACGUUUAGCAAAUAGGACAACGGUUGGAAAAGUAUCAUAUUUGGCCGGAAUAGGAUAUGGCAAAAAUGAAUAAAUUAAGCUUUCGUGAUUCUA